AUGGCUGCCGCACACGCUCCGGUCCUUCAUCGUCGAAUUACGACAGCAGCAGCAGCAGCUCCAAUACAAGGGGACGGGGGCAAGGGACGAGCUGAGAGGAAGCUGACGAAGAAGCUCAAGCGGGUCGCUGCCCCUGAAGAACGGGAAGUCCAUGAGGUUACAGAGAGCUCCUCGGAUGAGAGUAAAACGGUGUCGAGAGGUUACAAGAGGAAGGCGGUGUGGACGGAGGAGCAGCUCGAGCAAGCGGCUGAAGUAACUGCAAGAGGUGUCGUGUAUCAGGAAGAAGAGGAGAUGCUGGCGCCUGAAGUAGUCGAAGAGAUGCGGCAGGGCGUGUACAUGCCCGACCCUGACGACGUGGGCAAGACAAAGAACGUGGCUGACAUGAACUAUUUGUUCACGAACGACAAGUUGAAAGAGGAGCCGCCGGCGAUUGUGUUGCGGUCCGACCCGUUCUGUAUCCCACGAGUGACGGACAAUGUGCCCAACUAUCGGCCAAUGCUGAACCCGCUGAGCAUUUUUCUAGCGGAAGAUCAGCUACUGCCGUGCAGCUUUCGAUUAGAUCCGUCAGAGAGACCGCCAACUGCUAAUGGAGAGGUGGCAGCAGCGGCACCUUUGAUGACGGAGGAGGCAAGUUGUGGACCUCGUGGAAGACUGUUUCCUCUUCCGAGUAACUCGUCAUCAACAUCGAGUGCUGGGAGACAGUUGCGGGGGAAAACGAGCACUUUUAUGGGAACCAUGCCUCGUCAACUGGAGUUUGCCGAGAUGUCCGUGUCGGGCACCCUUUUCCAGAAUCAUGCACUGUUCCGUCCUCCGGCAGCACUUAUGAAGGUCUCGACCUCGCCUAUAAGCGGUACACAAUCACCUUUGUCAGUGAACUGGAAGUCAAGCAACACGCUCGUUACGACAAGCAGGUCCGAGUGUGAUCAGCUGUCUACGUCGUCCGCUGCGGAUCGAGCAGCUUCGCUUUCCGACGCAAUGUUAUUGUCAUCGAUACAGCACACUCUUGACAUUGCGAUAGUUGCUCCGACUUCGAAUGAUGGCAUUUCGUCUUCAUCGGACAGUGUCGCUGAAUCGAUGCCAUCGCUUUUGGACGAAGCGUCGACGUGCCAGAUUCAACCGCUGCAGCCACUGGAUUCUGCUGCCGACACGCUCACGAAUUACCUACCCAGUCGAAGUUUGCUGAUACCAAACACGAGCAGUCCUGUGGACGGACCUCAGUGUAACCUAGUCGAAGGAUGCAAGCCUACUGACGAUGCGAUGGGCUAUGUUGCCUGUGCUUUCCCUACGCUCGGUGACUUGCUCUCACCGAUCGAAAGCCAAGCCAGCACUCCAUACGGUGGUCUCUUCGUCGACAGUAGCGAGCCUCAGCUCACUAGCGAGAUGACACAGACGUGUUCUGGAUUGAUUUCGAUCACUACACCAACGAACAGUGCGUCUGGAAUAAACACGGGCCUCAUCACGCCGCAACGGCGAUCUAGUGAAGGAAGUUUACGUCGUUCAGGAGCAAAGAGACCUCACGCGAAGAAUGUCUUUCGACCUUGUACGUUUCCAGGAUGUACAAAGGGUGCCCGGGGUAAGGCUGGGCGGUGCCAGAAGCAUGGUGGUGGUAAGCGCUGCGCGAUUCCGGAGUGUCCGAAAGGUGCACAGGGCAGUAGCACCACGUGCCUUUUCCACGGAGGUGGAUAUCGUUGUACAGUAGAAGGGUGCUCGACUGGUGCGCGGGGUACGUCAGGCCUUUGUGCAAGGCACGGCGGCUACAAGAAAGGCAAGUCUGGAGUUGCAGGUGAGCGUGAGACGAUCACGGAUGACACUUCCGUGAAGCGGGUACGCCACCGAUGA